CCUUCCUCCUCCAUUGUCUCAGAGCAAAAAGAGGCAGCGAACAAAGACACAGAGAAAUCACUCCAUGGCUGAUUGAGUACUACACGGAGAAAGAGGCGAUGCGAGUGGCCAUGAAGGUCCUGAGGGCCAGGGACAAGAAGGACCUGGCAGACAAACUACUCCAGGCAGCAAGGACAGAGGAAAAAGCUGGUGCCUCCCAGAUGCAAACUGUCCACAUUGUUGAUGGGGGCAUGACCCCGGAGAAGCCAAUGCGGGUGAGGCCAUUCCAAGCUGUACUGGAGAAUCCCAGCUUCUCCCUGACUGGACUUAUUUUGAUCUCUUCUACAUUUACGUUUAUUCCAAUGUACUCACUGGUGCUGCUGUAUUGGGCAUUCAGGGCCACAGUCAGACCCCUCCACCUCUACCGGAUCCCCAAGAACCGUUCAGUAGAAAAGGAUCUGAACUUUACCUACAUAGGGCCUGAGAACCGGCAGACCUACACCAGGGACAUGGAAGAGGAAAUGCAGAUCAGAUUAACAAAGCAAAAAUACUUCACAGGUGAAAGAGAAAGUGAACCUCUCUGGACUGCCUUUCUGAGAGCAGGGGAUGUGGAACAUCCUGCAUCAGUGUCUGAUCCUCCCACCGGCACAAGCACAGGGAAAACAACAAGAGAUCUCCUGGUAAACACCUUGGAUGACUUGGGAGAGAGUGAGUUGAAGAACUUCAAGAGCAAACUGACCGACAUUGAUCUGAAGGAGGGAUAUGACCACAUACCUAAAGGGAAACUGGAGAAUGCAAAGUCUAUAGAGGUCACUGACCUCUUGAUUGGACACUACACAAUGGAUUAUGUGAUGGAGGUGACCACAAUAGUGCUGGAAGCCAUCAAUCGGAAAGACCUGGCAAGGAGAUUAAGAAGUGUAACAAGGACUGGUGAGGAAUCAGCCUGGGCCUGGCUGUGCCUCCCUGUACCUCAAGGUGUUACCCCAAAAUACCCAUAUUCACCACUGUUAUAUAAUUAUGAUAAGUUUUGUACAAUGCAUGCCUUGCGAGAUAUUUUAAAAGUCUUGAUCUCUUGAACAUUAAUAUCCUGUUGGAUUGUAUAUGUUCUCAUGGUAUGUGAAGUUAGUGAAGUUUUGCCAUGUGCCUGUCACUGAAAUAUAUUGUGAGGUUGGGAACACCCCAACCAGCCUUUCAGGUACAACAAUGGAGAAGCCAAACAGUGGAUAACGAUUCAUCAACACCCAUCAAGGAAAGAAUCCACUAUCCCAGAAACUGUAAACAAUGGAGACUUCUCAAAGGGAUCAUGCAUACAAUGGAGACUGCUUGAUGAAUGAGGACUGUCUGUUCCCAAUGUCAUAGCAAAAGAUCUUUCCAGCAAGCUGGAAGAAACGAUAAAAGAGGAGAAGUGACAAGAUCACUUGGCCUUUCCCCCCUUUCUCCCAACUCAACACCUGGAGGAACAUCUGGAGGACAAAGACGUUGAACUGGGGAAGGGUGGUCUCAGGCCAGAAAAGAGUCCCAGCCUGUGUAUUGGGGAUCUGUGACCUGUUUGUACCAUCCGACAGGGUGAGACACUGCUUGAUUCAAAUCCUAUUUAGCUUGUAGAACUCAGAGUGCGAAUUUAUUUUUAUUUCUUAAGUAACCAACUUUGAUCUCUACACUUGCUACUUAUAAUCACUUAAAAUCUUUUGUA